AUGCCUGGCAGCCGAGGAAACGACACGUUAGCCGUCCCCAAAGCUGGCUGUCGCUUCGGGUCAUGUCGAGGGAGGUUCACCCUCAGCUUGGGUAGUGUGGACGGUCUAGUUAGGCGUCUCUUCCGUGUUCCAGGUCGCCUCCCGCAGCUGCGCCUUGCUGAGCCCGGGGAAUUCACCAAACGGGCCUUCCAGAAUGGCAAGCUGGACUUGACCGCGGCCGAGGGCCUCGGGGACCUGAUCCACGCCGAGACGGAGGGGCAGCGCAGGCAGGCCCUGCGCCAGAUGGCUGGAGACUUGGGGAAGCUCUACCAGGGCUGGAGUGACGUCCUCACGAAGGCCUUGGCCCAUCUUGAAGCUUACAUCGACUUCAGUGAAGAUGACAACAUUGAGGAGGGGGUCCUCUUUCAAGUGGAAGACGCCGUUGAGUCCCUGGAGAAGGAGCUGCGGGGACACUUGCAGGACAGCCGCCGUGGGGAGAGGCUGCGGGACGGGGUCCAUGUGGUGAUCGCUGGACCCACCAACGCCGGAAAGAGCAGCCUCCUCAACCACCUGUGCCAGAAGCCGGCAGCCAUCGUCUCCCCCGUGGCAGGGACCACCCGGGACGUGGUCGAGGCAGCGCUGAACAUCGGCGGCUUCCCCGUGGUGCUGAGCGACACGGCGGGCCUGCGGGAGACGGACGACGUCGUCGAGAUGGAGGGAGUGAGCCGGGCGCGGCAGAGGGUGAAGGCCGCGGACCUCCUCCUCCUCGUCUUCGAUGCUGAAGAGGCUGCCCGGCAGCCGGACCAGCUGGCCCACGCCUUGCAGGACAUCUUGCUGCCCGACGGGCCAGAAGGGAGCCGGCCGUAUCUGCUGGUCCUGAACAAGACGGACCUCCUUGGAGAACGGGGCCGGGCGGAUCUGCAGGGGGCCUGCACCCGUCUGGAGCUGGCUCCCGCCUGCUUGCUCUCCUGCAAAACCGGAGACGGGAUCGUGGCCUUCCUGCACGUGUUGGAGGAGCAGCUGGCCCAAAUGUGCGGCGACCCCCUGGCUGGCUCCCCCAGCCCCACGCAGGCCCGCCACCGACUCUGCCUGACCAAGUGCCUGGAGGCCCUGGGACGCUUCGGCCACUACCAGCCGCUGGACCUGGCCCUGGCCGCCGAGGAGCUGCGGCAGGCGCGGCGUCAGCUUGGCCGCCUGACGGGGCAGGUGGGGGCCGAAGAGAUCCUGGAGCUCAUCUUCAAGGACUUCUGCAUCGGCAAGUGAAGGUGGCCGUUCUUGGCCACAGAGCGGUGCCCCCUGGCUGAUGGGCACUGCAAAGGGAUUUUGACAAGGGCAGGGGGAAACUCCUAAGUUGCCAGUCCUCAUGGGGCAUGGUGCCCACACCACAUUUCUAGUUUUGAACCUCAAAAACAGAUGAACACCAAUGUCUCACUGGCUGCUUUGGCAGGCGUGAAAGAUUUCUUUGGAAAUGUAAUAAAAGUAGUAUUCUUUAUGGUGAA